AUGCCUGGAGAAGCUGUUGUUAACAACCUUGAACUGACCCCUGUUCCUAUGCAACUACAAUGUCUAAAUGAACUAGAGCAGCAUUUGAUUGCCUUGAAUAUCCCUUUCAUGAAAAUGAUGACAUUACCAAAAGGUGGACAACAUGGUGUGCACGGACCUGUGAUAUGUGUUCCCUCUAACAUUCAGAAAAGCACCAGUAUGUUACCGAGAUGUGAAGCAGAUGAUCAGAUGAUCAGAGUGAAACUGAAAAGAAAGAUUACUUACACAGGACAUUAUCAAUACAAGUUUGUCAACAAGGCCCAUGUUCAAAAUGCUUUAGAAUAUCUUCAAACAACUAACAAAUGGUAUAGAGAUGUGAACUUUAAUGAAGACUGGGUUAAUCCCUUGCCAGUUAUUGAUGAGGAAGAUGAAAUUAUUGAUUCUGAUACUGACACAUUAUCUGAACUUGAUGAGGAAAUUACUGAACACGAAGUGUCUGAGAAAGAGGGUGGAAUACUCAUGAAUACCUGUCUACAACCUCUUGAUAUUGGCCAAGAAGUUCUUGAUCAACAUUUUGAAAAGAUAACCUGUGUUGCACCUGCUGAGGAAAAUAAUCCUGUACGAGUAUUAACUGACAAAACCAAUGAAGCGAGAUCUUUUCCAGUACUGUUCCCAUCAGGGUCCCCAACAUUCCAUGAUGAUCGUGAAGAGAGGAUCACACUUGCACGUUAUCUGCACACACGCCUCAUGAACGCUGAUCGCCGAUUUGCCCAAAACACUGACUACAUAUUUUAUGCUCAGUAUCUCUCCGAAGUUGAACAGGUUAUGUCAAAUGUUUCCAUUGCAAUGCGAAAAGGAUCACAGUCACAUGGUAAAAAUGUUACAUCUGAAAAUCUUACAGAUUCUGAUUCUCUAAGAGAGAUAUUAAAAUGUGAUGAAGGGUACAAGUUCUUGAAACCUAUCAGAGGAACUCCACCAUUCUGGCAGUCUGCUCAGAAAGAUUUAUUUGCUAUGAUAAGACAACUUGGUAUUCCAACUUGGUUUUGUUCAUUUUCAUCUGCUGAUAUGAGAUGGCCAGAAAUGAUUGAAACAAUACUGAGAGAAGAAGGUGAUAAACGCAAAGCCACUGAACUUGACUGGUCUGAAAAAUGUUCUGUACUCAGGAAAAACCCAGUGACAGCAGCCCGAAUGUUUGAUCAAAGAUUCCAUUGCUUCUUGAAAGAGGUCAUCAUGUCUCCUGCAGAACCAAUUGGAAAGAUAAAAGAUUACUUCUAUCGUGUAGAAUUCCAACACCGUGGUUCCCCUCACACUCACUGCCUUUUCUGGGUUGAGAAUGCACCUAAGAUUGACAAAGACAAUGAUGAGACAGUAAAAUGCUUCAUAGACAGGUACAUCACAUGUGAAAUGCCUUCUGUUGAGAAUGAUGAAGAAUUGUUUGACAUUGUCAACAGUGUCCAGAAACACAGCAAAAGACAUUCAAAGACAUGUAAGAAAAAUGGCACAACAUGUAGGUUCAAUUUCCCUCGUCCACCAAGCAAUGAAACUUUCAUAUCGCGAGCAGGAGGUCUUGACAAUAACCCCAAAAAUGAUGUGCCCAAAACCUUGGAACAGUGCUGUGAAGAUCUAAUAAAUAUGGAAGUGAUGACCAUACCAAAUGCUCAAACAAUCUUGAAACUGAUUUGGCAAGCUCUUACUGAUGACGAGGAAACAUUUGACUCUGUUGAUGCAUUGUUCUCUGCCAUUGGUAUUUCGCAAGAUAUGUUUCAAGUAGCAUGUGAUACUCUAUCGAAAAAGACAAAUGUUGUGAUGAAACGCAAUCCCAAUGAUGUAUGGGUCAAUCAGUACAAUCCCGAUCUGCUCAGAUGUUGGAAUGCGAACAUGGACAUUCAGUAUGUAGUUGAUGCCUACUCUUGUGUUGUAUACAUAAUUUCAUAUAUAUCAAAGGCAGAAAGAGAAAUGGGAUUAUUGUUGAAUCAUGCACAAAAGGAAGCAAAUAAGGAUAACACUGAUGCAAAAUGUGCUCUGAAGAAACUUGGUGCUGUAUACCUACACAAUAGAGAAGUGAGUGCACAGGAAGCUGUGUUUCGAGUUUGCAAUUUGCGAUUGAAAGAAGGAUCUCGUAAAGUACAGUUCAUUCCAACCGUAGACCCUGUCAGAAUGAGUUUGCCUCUUAAAAUUUUGAAAAACAAACAACAGAGUGGUGAACUAGGUGAAGACGAAAUGUGGAUGACAAGCAUUGUUGAUCGAUACAAGAGCAGACCCAAAGGUGACGAGUUCAAUAAGAUGUGUCUUGGAACUUUUUGCUCAGAAUACAGAGUCGUGCCAAAUGCUGAAGUAUCGAGGGUUGCUGAUGACAAACGGCACAGUCCAUUAGUAACAUUGCAAAACGGCCUUGGUCAUGUCAAAAAACGUACACGAACUGAUGCAGCAGUUAUCAGAUAUGCCAGAUUUUCUCGCACAAAAGAUCCAGAGAAAUACUAUCACAGUAUACUGCAGCUAUUCUUGCCAUACACAUUUGAUGCACAGUUAAAACCAGCCACUUUCAAUUCAUAUGAAGACUUCUAUCGAACUGGUGCUGUUCAGAUUGGAAACUGUCCCGUUGAAACUGUGAAAGAGAUUGUUGACAGAAACAAAGCAAUGUUUGAGAAGGAUGCUGAAGUUAUUGAUGAAGCUGAGGAAUUGUUUGAAAGAUCAGGUCAAUUGGAAGAUGCAUGGGCUAAAAUUAGUCCAGAGACUGAAUCUGAAAGAAUAGAAUGUGAAGAUGCACAUACGCAUGUCUCAGAUGAUGAAAGUGAAACUGAAUCUGGUAGAAAUAUGCCUGAUUUGCUACAGACUGAUAAAAUGGUAUCUAACACAGAACUGCUUCAGAGUACAGUGUCAAGACAAGAAGCAGAAACUAUUUUGAGAUCAAUGAAUGACGAACAAUCUGAUGUGUUCUACAAAAUUAGACAAUGGUGUUUGGAUAAAAAGAAAGGCAAAAAUUCUGAGGCAUUUCACUUAUUUCUCACUGGUGGAGCUGGUACUGGAAAAAGCCAUUUGAUUAAGGCAAUUUGCUAUGAAUGUACACGACUUCUAGCUCCCAUGCAAAACAAUCCAGAUGAUAUCUCUGUACUUUUGGUAGCUCCAACUGGUAUUGCAGCAUUUAACAUACAUGCAUCCACAAUACACAGUGCACUGUCAAUUGGAAUUGAUGCAAAACUGCCAUACCAGCCACUUGGUGAGGAAAAGAUCAAUACCUUACGAGCAAAACUGCAAAGUCUCCAUAUCCUUAUCAUCGAUGAAAUUUCAAUGGUUGAUCACAAGCUGUUAUCAUACAUUCAUGGUAGACUGAGACAGAUCAAACAAACUGCUGAUUAUUCACCUUUUGGAAAUGUAUCUGUGAUUGCUGUUGGAGACUUUUAUCAGUUAUCACCUGUUAAGGGUAGACCAUUGUAUGUUGCCCAAAAUGGAUAUGACUUGUGGAAUGACAAUUUCUCCAUCACAGAAUUAACCAAGAUCAUGAGACAAACAGACCCUGCAUUUGCACAAGUUUUGAAUAGAUUGCGAAAGCGAAAAAGAUCAGAGCCUCUUGAAAGAAGAGAUAUUGAUAUGCUCAAACAACGAGAAUCUGGUGAAGAUGAUCCUGAUUGCAUUCACAUGUUUGCAACAAAUGCUCAGGUUGAUAAUUUCAAUGUCACUACUCUUCACUGUAAAUGUUCAGAUACAAUUUCCAUUGAGGCACAAGAUUUCGCCAGAAACCCCAAAACAGGAAAACUUGAAAAGAGCGAAAACCCUCAUGAGAAAGUAUAUAACUCAGUAUUACCAAAAAAUCUGCAUGUUGCAAUUGGAGCUCGUGUGAUGAUCACAAAAAAUAUUGACACAUCAGAUGGUCUUGUCAAUGGUGCCUUCGGAACUGUUAGCAACAUUUCUUUGACUGAUGGUGAAGCCUUUCCUUCAAGACUAUAUGUAGUGUUUGACAAUGAUGAUGUUGGUAAGAAAUUACGGAAAGUGAAGCAGGAUGCAUCCAGAUUACAAGCUAACAGCACACCCAUUGAGCCCCUAGAGGAAACUGUUACAAACAAUGGAGGCAUCAGACGACAAUUUCCACUCAAACUAGCCUGGGCUUGCACCAUACACAAAGUACAAGGCAUAACUGUAAACAAAGCUGUCAUCUCAUUAGACAAGAUCUUUGCAGCGGGACAAGCUUAUGUGGCAUUAAGUCGAGUAUCCUCUCUUGAUGGUCUGAUCAUUCAGGAUUUUAAAGAAUCAGUGAUAUACAGCAGUGAAAAAGUUGAAGCAGCAGUGUGUAGUAUGCCAAAGUUCAUGAGUACAAAUCAGAGAAUCUAUGAUGGUCAUCCUACAUUUACCUUGAUUAUGCAAAAUAUUGAAGGCCUUCAAUCACACAUUAAAGAUUUGCAGAAUGACAAGAGAUUUCUUGAGGCUGAUUUCAUUUGCUUGACAGAAACAUGGUUAUCUGAGGGACAUCGAGAUGAUGAACCAAAACUUGAAGGAUUUACAUUACAUCAUAAACCCAGAUCACAGUCCUAUGAAUCAUCUGAACCAACACUGAUGGAUUUGAAGAAUCAAAGUCAUGGUGGUGUUGCAGUGUAUUGUAGUAAUGUCAAAUGUGAAUUUCCUGACUUACGCGUGUCCAAUCUAGAAUAUCUGGCUUUUUAUGUCAUGGAACUGCAAGCUAAUGUUGUUGUCAUCUACAGGCCAAACUCAGACAAAACGGAUAUUUUCAGAAAGUAUUUAUUACAACUUAUUCAGGAACUUGAUAACCAUUCUGGUCGAGCCAUUAUCAAGGGUGAUUUCAAUGAAAAUGUUUUCGUGUCAUCUUCAAUACAGACUUUGAUGGAAUCAAAUGGUUUUGCACAGAUCGUUUCAGAGCCUACUACUGAAAGUGGAACGCUUAUUGACCAUGUAUAUGUCAGAGGACUUGAGAAUGUAUCUGUUCAGAUUCUUCCAACAUACUUUGGUUACCACGAAGCCAUUGAAAUAAGAUUAUGA